CACCCCGCGGCCGCCGCCCGCCCGCCUGUCCUCCCGCCUCCGGCACCGGCGCCCCCUUCCUUCCCUUCCCUUCCCUUUCCUUCCUUCCUUCUCUUCCUCCCGGCUCCCCCCGCCACGCCAGCGCGGGGCUCGGGUGGAGCGCGCAGGCCGCGGUCCCGCCGGCGGCGAGCGGGCUGACAGGGGCCUCCCGCCGCAGGUGAGGGGCCCGGCCGCCGCCGCCGCCCUUUGUGUGGGCCUCGCCGGGGCGGGGGCGGCCCCGGCCGGGCAGGGACCCCCCACUCCACCGCGGGGCCUCCCGGCGCGGCGGCGGCGAAGGCCUCGGGCCGCCGUCACCGCGUUUGUCCGCAGGCCGGCGGGGCCGGAGGAGCCCGUCCCAUGGGGAGAGGCGAGCGGCGGGACGGGCCUCGCCGCGGGCUGCGGCGGCGGCGGCUGGCCUGCGAGCUCCCCGGCCGCCCCCGCGCCCCGCGGCCCCGCCGCGCCUCUCCCUGAGGCGGCCUCGGCCCGGCUGUGGGAGGCCCGGACGGCGGCGAGUCGGGAGUCGGACCGGACCAUGCCGGAGCGGGCCGUGCCGCGGGCCGCUUCUCCAGUUUGAAAGUACCUCUGCUUUCCCGUCUUCUCUCCUUAAAUGGUUGUCGCUUCCCACCUCCCACGGAGGGAUGAGUUAGGCUCGGAGCUGGCGCCGACUCGGGUACCCGUGCAGAGCCCUCGGUAAGCCAAGAGCAACCUGCUCCCUGGGCUGCUUCCCUCGCCCUUCCCAAAUGCGAGCACAUUGCAGCCAUCACGGAGAAGGGCCUCCUCUUGUCUUCAAGGCACUUGCUUCUGCCUCCUGUUCUUUUGUCCAAAAUAGAAAAAGCCAAACCAAAUCAGUCCACAAAGAACUUGUGCUGAUCUAAGGAGGAGUCUCUGGAGUCCCAGUCACCUCUUUGCUUCCCAAGAUCCUGGCUGUGGGCUGGAUUUUCUGUCCUCGACUUCAGGGGAUCAGCUACGGGGAAUCAGGAACUUGGAUACUUUUGAUUUUUGUUUUUACUUGAACCCUUUCAACUGAGAAGCUGAAGCUGUCACUGCUAAAAUCCCGGUUUUUUUUCCCAAGCAUGUCAGAAAGCUGGCAGCAGCAACAGCAGCAACCACAGCAGCCGCCGCCACCGCAGCAGCACCACGCUGGGGCAGCCGCCCUCCCAGAGCACUCCAUCCCGCCCAGCACUGCUGACAACCCCUUGGGCUGUGCUGUCUACGGCAUCCUGCUCCAGCCGGACCCAGGUCUGCAGCACCACCAGCACGCCCCCAUCCAGGCUGGAGAGCCGUCCCACAAAUGCGGUGUGUGUGGCCACGACCUUGCUCACCUCUCCAACCCCCAUGAGCACCAGUGCUUGCCAGGCCAUGACCGCUCUUUCCAGUGUACCCAGUGCCUGAAGAUCUUCCACCAGGCCACCGACCUCCUCGAACACCAGUGCAUCCAGGUGGAGCAGAAGCCCUUUGUGUGCGGCGUCUGCAAGAUGGGCUUCUCCCUCCUGACCUCGCUGGCGCAGCACCACAAUGUCCACAAUGGCAACGCCAUGAAGUGCUCUAUCUGUGAAAAGACCUACAAGCCUCCCGAGGCAGAACAUUCGCAGCCUCUUGACCCCUCGGAGAAGCCCUACAGCUGCUCCAUCUGUCAGAAAACCUUCAAGCACCUCUCGGAGCUGUCCCGGCACGAGCGCAUCCACACAGGUGAGAAGCCGUACAAGUGCACGCUGUGCGACAAGAGCUUCAGCCAGUCAUCCCACCUGGUGCACCACAAACGGACGCACAGCUCGGAGCGGCCCUACAAAUGCACCGUGUGCGAGAAGACCUUCAAGCACCGCUCCCACCUGGUGCGCCACAUGUACGCGCACUCAGGGGAGCACCUCUUCAAGUGCAACGUCUGCGAGCUGCACUUCAAGGAGUCAUCGGAGCUGCUGCAGCACCCCUGCACGCCCAGCGGGGAACGGCCCUUCCGCUGCGGCGAGUGCCAGAAGGCCUUCAAGCGCCCCUCGGACCUGCGGCAGCACGAGCGCACGCACAGCGAGGAGCGGCCCUUCAAGUGUGACCUCUGCCAGAUGAGCUUCAAGCAGCAGUAUGCGCUCAUGCGCCAUCGCCGCACGCACAAAGCUGAGGAGCCCUUCAAGUGCAACCUGUGCGAGAAGGGCUUCGUGCAGCCCUCGCACUUGGUGUACCACCAGCACGUGCACGGCAUAGAAAACCUCUUCAAGUGCAACGUGUGCCAGAAAGGCUUCAACCAAUCCUCAGAGCUGCUGCGGCACAAGUGCGUGCAGAACGCAGAGCGGCCCUUCAAGUGCGCGGUGUGCAACAAGUCCUACAAGCGGGCCUCGGCUCUGCAGAAGCACCAGCUGGCCCACUGCGCCGAGAAGCCGCUCAAGUGCACGCUCUGCGAAAGACGUUUCUUCUCCUCCUCCGAGUUCGUGCAGCACCGCUGCGACCCGGCCCGCGAGAAGCCCCUCAAGUGCCCCGACUGUGAAAAGCGGUUCAAGUACGCCUCGGACCUGCAGCGCCACCGGCGCGUGCACACGGGCGAGAAGCCCUACAAGUGCCCCUCCUGCGAGAAGGCCUUCAAGCAGCGCGAGCACCUCAACAAGCACCACAGUGUGCAUGCCCGGGAGCAGCAGUACAAGUGCAUGUGGUGUGGGGAACGGUUCCUGGACUUGGGCCUGCUGCAGGAGCACAGCGUCCAGCACACGGCCGAGGGCGCCUACCAGGUGGCUGCCUGCUUGCCGUGAGCCUCCCGCCUCGGCGGCUUUCAGCUUGCAUGUGACGCUCUUGAGCCUCAGCCUCCCCUUCCCUCUCCUCGGUUGUAGACAGCCUCCAGGGAGUUUGGGGGAAAGGGGAGGUAUGGUGGGCGGGCAGGUAAACUUUCCUCUGGGCUCUGUGGUUGAUAUGCCACCUGUAUCGCAGGGCCAGCGGACGACGUGAAAAGCUCGAAGGGGUGGAGAGGAAAGGAGGGAAGUGGGGAGAGGAAACAAUGCCUGUAGUUGCCUGGCAUCCACUGGACUGUAGUUCGCGCUGUACCUGCAGUUCCAGUGCUGGGAGCUCAGCUGUCUGCUGCGGGCACCAGCCCUUCGCGUGCAGCCUUCUUCCCCUGCCCUGCCUGGCGGGGUCAGUGGGGAGGGCUGGGUAACUCUCCUCCUCCUGGAGAGGGCUUGGGAGCAAGGCAGAGCCAGCCCCCCUUCUCGUGGGGUGCGCUGCUCGGCGAGGAAGUAGCAGGUUUCCACUGCUGGGAUCUCCCACCUUUCUUGGUCCAAGCUCAGCUGAAAGGACCAUUUCAGAUUGUUAGCGUUGAUUGACUGCCCCAAACUCCCCUGCUCUCCCUCUUUCUAGAGUGUAGAAAGGGAAAAGCCAUGGGGCUGCACAGCUCCAAAAAGCACUUUGACAUUGCUGCUUUUGCAGUCGCUGUCUGUCACACUCUGCAAGGGUUCUGAGCGAGCCUGCCCACCCCCUGUCCCUGCCAGCAGCAUGGGGAAGAGUAGCAAGCGCUGCGCCGCUACCGAAGAGUGUGGCGAGGAGAGCCUCCGUGCCCUACUCCUUGCCGAGAGCCUGGCGUUUAAGAGCUGUUUCCUGAGGGACCUAGCUCUCCUGCCAAGACUUGCCUCCAGGCCCCUUCCCUCUUUGCACCGCUUGGGCUGUUAGCAUACCUCCAGGGGGGGUCAGGCAAAGGGCCGUCCCAGCAGUUCGAACACUAAAGGGCGAGACAACACUACUACUAACGUACAACUUUGGAGGUGUUACCAUUACUGACAGUAACCCGCACCGUGUGCCAGGGGCUUGGUGUCUGAUUUGCUGGGGGGAACCAGAGCAAGCCAGGAGAAUCCUUCCUGGCCUGUGGGCUCAGCUUCACGGGGAGGGGAAGGUUAGCAGUGGGUAAAGGGGGAGUGUAUUUUUUUUUCCCCUCUUGCAGGAGUCUUGUUUUACCCCUUUACUCUUUCUUUACCUCUUCUGUAUUUUUCAGGUUUUGCACAGUUCUUGUAAACAUCACUUAAAUAAAUUUCCCCUAGCAAGGUCGAUGCAGCCUCAGGUGUUUUCCUCUGCAGGAUUUUGCUGGCUUCUCAUGACCGAGAGACCCGUUACAUGCCAGUUAGAUGCCUUGGAAGUUGAAAGCGUGCUUACUAGGUUGCCCACCAGCCUUUCCCUCUCCAUCUUUGGAGAUACUAAGAUGUUACGUAUCCAUCUGUGGAGAUAUUCAAGCCCUGACUGGAUGUGGUCCUGGACAACUGACUGUAGCUGACCCUACGUGAACAGGGGGUUGGACUAGAUGAUCUCCAGGGGUCCCUGCCAGCCUCAGCUCUUCUGUGAUCUUGGCUGGCCCUCAUAUGAGGUAGGAGUGUUGUGAUGAGCUGUGAUUAGUGAACAGCAGCCAGGAAGUUGCCCGUGUGCUACACAGGUGAUUAAGACAAGUUUAAUAAAUGUUGUCCACAGCAAGUAUAGAUAGAUUAACCUUGCAGAGGGUUGGGCUAUGCCUGCUUUGCUAGUAGGGGAUGCUCAUCUGAAAGGUGGAAAAAGGCUUUUGUUUCCAUUUCCAGCACAGUGAGGGGAAAUGGAGUGCGUUUUUGGGGACAGAGACAGUUCAGUGACAGACCCGACCCUGGGGCUGAGUAUUCUUCAUGCGCAGCUUUAAGGAGAUUAAAGCAGACCUUGCUGUCUGCUGCCCAAGGAAGAGGGAUCUUACUUCAUGCUGCCUCAAAGAUGUAGAACUUCCUACCGAGUUUUCUGUCGGCGUUUCUUUUUCCUUUUUUAUUUUUUUGCCUUUUUUUAAAGCAGUUUGUUAAUAUUCAUUAAAAAAUACUGUAUAGUUUAACUCGAUGUCAUACUGGAUCUUUUAAAAAAAAAAAAAAGAUGUGAUAACUUGGAUUUUUAAAGAGCUCUUUGGUUCUAGAUAGCUGGUUUUUGCUGUUUAGUAUGUAGUAAGUUCAGUGUAUGCUUUACUGUAGGAGUAAAAAAUGAGUCCAAACCAAGGAAGGCUAAUCCUGUCUUUACAGAAGGGCUUGGUGGUGAUGCAGGCUGUGAGCAUGGGACCGGGGCCAGCUGGGCAGCGCAGCACCCACCUGAACCCUCACUCUGUUCCUGCCUCAGGCCAUGGUUAGCUCUGCUCUUGCCUGGAGCAGCUGCUGCAGGUCCCACUGAGCCAGGGGUCUAGCAGUCACCCUGACUGCUUGAGCACGGCACCGGCAGCCAGCAUCAGUGCCCAGAGCUGGGAGCUUGCAGAGAGGCUCAUCUUUAGUAAGAGGAGGGCAUGAAAUGGAGGCUGCUGGAGCCUCCAGGGGCUUUUGUGGCUGUAUUUCUUUCUGGGGCAGCUGCUGGCUAGAGGAGGGGUUUGCAGAAAUCAUUAGCGUGGCCUCUGGAUGGCUGUGCCCGGCUCUUUUCCCUCCCCAGGGGACCAGGUGGCUGGACAGCCUCAGGUGCUUGGGGCAGAGGAGGAUGGUGGUGGGCCCCAGACACAGCUCCACACCGUGCGCUGGCUGUGGAGCUGCUGGAUCCUGUCCCCUGGGCAUAGGGAGUGUUGGGGAGUGUUUCCCUUGUGCUGAGCAGCUGGGAAAGCCCUCAGUGUCGCAGCGAGGAGCUCCGGCUCCACUUAGGACAUGGCAACAGCCAAGAAGUGCCCUGGGCAGAGAGAGCAUCAUCAGGGCUGUGCACUCGGGGCCCUGUGCCUGGUGGAGAGGGAUGCUGUGAGGAGCUUGGCAGGGAUGAGCCCAGGUCCAGGUCAUCAGCCCGUACCUGUCAGUAGGUGCCUCCAGGUUCAAAAACAUCUUGGUACAGCAUUAGAACAUCAUUAAGUAGGACUGCCUGUGGUGACUCGGCCUCUUCGUCUUGUUUGCUGCCCUGCAACAGCCCAAAUCCAGUAGAAGCCCGUGAUAGCUUCUGCUGCCAGACCUCGGUGCUGGUGGGUGGAAGGCUUGUGCAGAGCGGGCGGCUGAGCGGCUGCCAAGAGCCUCGGGUAUAUUUUUAUAGGGAGAUUGUCUAGUUAGAAGCAGUUGUGUUGGGUACAGGUGGGGUGGGAGAGCAGGUCGAUCUCCGUUGCUGUGCCUUUGGGUCAUGUUUUGUACCGUGAGGUGCAAGAGGUGAUGGAAAUAGCAGGAGGCACGUGAGUGUCAGGAAGUGCGGUGCUGGGUGGGCAGGCAGGGGCUGGCCUGGAGGGCCAAUGUCCACUGGGCAUCACACUGCAAAGGGCUCUCUGCUAACUGCUGGUGUUUCUUUUUCAAACCAAAGAGCAGUUGUGGCCAAAGGCUCUUGGGAGUAAAACCUGUGCCCGUAUUGCACUUCACUUCUGAGAUUGAUUUCAAGAGACUUUCACGCUUCUUCAUACUGCCUCUGCUUGGCCUCUCGCAUCAUUCGCCACCCCACAGCACCCAAGAGGGUUGCUGUGCUGGAGCUGGUGUUGCAUCAGCCCCAUGGCAAGUGCUCCUGCAUGUCUUCCAAGACCUGGUUGCCAGACCGCCUGAGGAUGCUCUGUAGGGCUGGAAUAGGGGAUGGUCCCUCCCGAAGGGUUUUUCUCUUCGGCAGGCAGCUUGAGCAUAGGAUGCCGCUGGGGAGGUGGCGGGGAGGGUUAGGCUGGCCGAAGGCAGCAUGGAUGUUGUCCAGGAGAGAAAUCCUGCUCUCUAGGGCUGCUGUUCCUCUGGGUUCCUGGAUCCAGGAAGAAGGUAGUCUGUUACGUGGGCUUUUUUCCAAUCUUCGCUUCCGCUUACCCUACCUACAGGAUGCCUUUAGCUCUGUCUCAGCCCCUUCCCUUCCACAGCUAUUCUGCUUAUACUUUUAUAAGACCUUCUAGGCUUCUUUGUCCUUUGUUCAAUUCUUUAUUUGUAAGCAGCAGUUUGGUUUUCAUCCCUUUUUCCAUUUUGCUUGUGAGGUCUUUUCCUCUUUUCCCACCCCCUCCCCACCCCAAACUCCUCUCCCAGGCUGUGGCUGGAUCCAUGUGAUUCCACACCACUGAUGAUGCGGUCAGGUGUUUGGGACCCGAAUCUUGCUGGAAUCCAGUGGGUGCUUCUGGUCCUUCCCCCCCACAUGAGGCCGUCUGUCUCGCUGGGUACAGGCGAUGCCGGUGGUCUGACAGCUUGGCUUGGCUGGGUUGUGUCCCUGGUACAGCUGGCUCUGGUGAGUGAGUCAAAGCCAGAAUCAGGAGCCAGAGCAGAGCUGUAGGAAAUGGGCACUGGGGUGAGAGCGGCCAUUGCCAUGGUGGGUCCCCUUGCCACAUCUCCAAGGCUGGGGGUUAAGUCAGUGAAGGGUUGUCAGACGUUCCUGGGGAGAAGUCAUGGCGCUGGGGUAGGGCUGGACCGCUCAGUUCCCCUGGGAAUGCCUGCGGAGCGGCUGUGUGCAUAAAGCAGGCAGCUGAGCUGAUUUAGCCAUGGCAUGGACACCGCUGGGACCACGAGUAUGGCCAGGCAGCCCUGCCAGCUCUCCGGGGAGCAGAUGCCAUCCCUGCGAUCUGGGUGGGAAGACGUGCACGCUCUGGCCUUGGCGCUGACAUGCUGGAGUGGGGGGCAAGGGGGAACGCGUCCUCUGAUAGUGGUUUGGGACCACCUCUGGGUGCUCAAGCCUGGCCUUGCACUGUUAGGAGGGAGGAGAGCACUUUCUGCACUUCCCUUGGGUAUUUACCAUCAAGUCCAGGCUGCAGCUGGAGCCUGGCUAUUAAUAAUAAGCAAAAAAACCUUAUUGUUCUUCAAGGUUUGACUCCUCCUCCACUGGGUGGCGAGUUCACCUGCGGGAAGGUUCCUGUACAUGCAGGCGUAAUGCUGAGAUGCAAUAACAGCAGGCCAGCAAGGUUUGGGGCCAGCGGUUUUCCCCCGGGGCCCCAGUGAGCCCGACUUCUCCCCAGCUGCCAGGCUUCCUCUGCAGCAUCUCCCGGCAGCCGCCUCCGCCGCUUUCUGGACAUGAAGAUGCUGCUCUCACAGCGUGUCUGGGAUGCUCGGCAGGGAGAGCAGGACCGCAGGUGGGAACUGGACCAUGGCCUUGUCUCCAUCUGUCUCCGAGCUGUGGAUCCGAGGGAUUUCAUGGCCAGUGAGGUUCUCGGGCUCCUCCUAACCUGUGCUUGUGCCUCUGCCAGAGUUCCCAGGGCCGUGGGAAGUUGCGGCCAAGGAUGAUGAGGUUUGUGUGGCUUGCAGUGCCUUUAACACUGCUGUCCGUGUGUUUCUAAGAUGAUACUCCAUGUAUGUGUGUAUAUAUAUUGUAUUAACACAUCCUGCUCUUCUGUGUGAGUGUCAAAUGGUUUUGCUUUACUAAUAAAUUUAUAGUUAUUUAUA